ACCUAUAGGGAAACUAGCUUUGUAUACUGCCCUUGGAGGAGUUAGACCUUUAGCAGUAAGAACCACAUCAAAUGGAAACUGUCAUUUUUAUUUGACUAUUCUAUUUGGAUGUUGGGAUAAUUACGUUCUUCAAGUUUUUCUUUAGUGCACAUGAAACUCAUCUGUCUUAGUAUGGUUUUCUUCACUGUAUUAAAUAAAUAAAUCUAUUUGACAUUGUUUAUUUAUGAGCUUGAUCAAAAUUUGUGGAGUUUGGUUUGGCACUAUCAUUUUGGUUCACUUUAUUAAUGAAAUUUGUUCACCUCCUGAUGUAGUGUUUGCCUAUAAAUAUCGAUGUGGGGACGAACAAGGAGCAGUUGUUGAAGGAUGACAGUUUUUCCUACCCUAGGAAUAUUAUGACUUUUUACAUGAAUUCAUGACUGCGGUUAAGCAAAACUAUGGUGAAAAAGUUUUGGUACAGGUAAGUGAAAUAUCGCUCUAAAGUGUUAGACUUCAUCCAAGAUUUAGGCUUUCUGGAUUUUAGAAUUAUUUAAGCAUUUUAACAUUGGUAAAAAAAAAAUUUAUGAACUCUCUCAGUUUGAAGAUUUUGCAAAUUACAAUGCUUUUGAGCUACUAGCAAAAUAUCGCAUUACUCAUCUGGUCUUCAAUUAUGAUAUACAGGUGUUACGUCGUGGUUGAUAUUGUCACUGAAAGGUGUUCUGUGUUCUUGUCUAAUUUGUUGUUUCCAUUUUUCAGGGUACAACAGCUGUGGAUCUUGUAGGGCUUGUUGCAGCACUAAAGUUACUUGGUGGUACUUUGGCUGACCACAUAUUCUUAUUCCUUGGUGUUGGGCAAGUGAGAUUCUACUCCUCGUCCUAUUUCUGAAUCUUAACAUCCUAGGUAGAUAAGCAAAAAUAACUAGGUUAGAGUGUGGUAUAGUACAGAAGUAAAGUAAUAAUGGCACCAAAAACUUAUAGAGGAAAUAUUAGUGACUUUCCAAAAUAUUUUAUUUAUUUGUGCUCCAAAAUCUGGUUUGCUUUGAGGAUUUUCUAUUUGACACCGAUAUUCCUUAGAUCGGGGGUUGAUUACUUGAUUCGGUAUGAGUAUGAGGUACGAUAUUAUCUCUGAUACGUGGCGUGAUGAAGAUAGACUUUAUCUGUACAUUGUUUUGGGUCAUCAUUUGCUUGGGAACAAUUAUUCGGAUUGUUUUCACUCUUGUAUUUGCAUAACUAUACUUCCAUACACACAUGGCCAAUCAUUACUUCGAUACUUAUGAUAAGAGUUUCAAGCUUGAAGACCAAGAAACGGAAGAGCCCUUGAGGCGACAUGAAUAGGGUAUUACUUUGAACCGCAACACAAAACAACCUACCAACCAAAGGUUGUGAAAAACAAAAGUCAAUAGUUCCAUAUUAGUAUUACAAAAACAUUCAAAUCACAAAAGUAUAUUUAAAGUAAAUAGUUCUACAUUUGUAUUACAAAAACAUUCAAAUCAAAACCAAUCAAAAUAUACUUUUGAAGAUGACCAAAAUUACAAAAUAAAGUACCACUUGGAGUUACAAUUCAAGGUUAGUGUUAUAAUUUAUGGAUCGGUUGGCGUUAGGGUAACAAUUUAUGGAUGGGCAUUCAGGGGAUCAUAGUCAUGAACCCCAUUUGAGGUUUUGUGCCCUAAACACGACCCCUCUAUCCCUGUUUGAGAAUUAUUUGAGGCAUUCUUUCAGCAUUGGUCUAUGGAGCAAAUUGGUUAUAUAUCAAAAAGUACUGGGAAGACUGAAUUGAUGGGGAAAAAAACCAAUGUGACCAAGCAUACACCUUGAUGUUGGCCUUACCACAUCUUCAACUAAACCUCAUGCAAUUUCUUGAUGGACAUGUUCAGUUUUCCUGGUUGUUUCUGUCGCCUUCCAAGCCCUUAAAUUGGUGACAUAUGGUAUCUAACUGUCAAACAUCAAAAUAAGAUCACAAUUGAUUUGUCUCACAAUUGUCAUCUUGUAAUUGUAGGCUGGGACUGGUAUAGUAGAGCUUAUAGCUCUUGAGAUGUCAAAAUAGGUGUUGGCUUAACACCAUAUACACAUUUAUGGUUAUGUUAUUAUAGCAUAUUUUCCCUGUGUUUGGCUUUGGCUUGGUCAUCUCUGAUGCGAUUCGUGUCCAUAAUGAAAUGCUUCUUGUAGCGUGUAAGUUUAUAAUGAAGAACAAUGUUGAAUUUACUAUUGCAUACUGAUAUUGUCUACAAAUUUAGGUGUGCCAAUUCAAGUGAAUGACAAAAACAAAAUACUUGCCAUCUUUUCCUAUUCUCUAGACAUGUAAACCCUUGUGUGGUGAAAAAUGAAAACGUUACGAUAUGUCUUUCAGAUUACAAUGACUUUAAAGGCAACACAAUGUUAGGUUGUCAUUGCAGUAAAGCAAGCAACAGAAUUCUCUCGAUAUUAAUUUUCCAGAUGUCUCCAUUGAAACAAUGGAAGCUUUGGUUGGUCAAGUAAUGGAGGAGAAUUUAGCUAAGGGCAUGAUUUACCCUCCAUUCACUAAUAUCAGAAAGAUCUCUGCUCACAUUGCCACUAAGGUAGCUGCCAAAGCAUAUGAACUUGGUGAGUACACUUUCUUUUCCCUAUUUUGGUUCCAAGUUACUUGCCGAGACAUGAAUUUAUGUUUGCCACAUUACAUAAUUGCUUUGUAGGUGUGGCGACACAUCUCCCUCGACCUGAGAAUCUGGUGAAGCAUGCUAAAAGUUGUAUGUACACUCCUACUUACCGGAUAUACCGUUGAAUUGCGUCACUACUAACUACAACUUAUAAUUUAUGUACUUCAUGAUAAAAGUCUGUUGUUGUUCUAGUGUGCCUUCGUUGUAUGUUAUUAAGCUUUGGCUGGCUUUUGUGAGUUGUAAUUUCAAAAUAAAUCUUGAUCUUAAUGAGUCUGGACAUAUGAAGUCCAGAUGGACUUGAAUUGUCUG